GCUGUACAAACUGGUGUUAUGGCUAUGAUAGAUGCUGAAUAUACUUAUUUCAAUGGUGCCACAAAACUAUUUGUUCUGGCUUUAAUGUUGAUUUAUAAUGUGGAGAAAGCCUUUAUUUGCUUCACAUAUCAAUGUUAUCUGAAGAAAACUUUUGGAUUGUUAAAACAAGAUGUCGAAUUCAUCCUGUCUCAGAACAGAUACUUUGGAACCAAAUUAGUACGAGGUGCUUACAUGCUUAAAGAGAAGGAAUUGGCUAAAGUACAUGGUUAUACAAACCCAGUUCACGAUGACUUUGAAAAUACUACUAAAAUGUAUAAUCAAUCAUUGGAUUAUUUAAUGCAACACCUGGCUAAUCAUAGAAAAUGUGCUUUUAUGGUCGCUUCUCAUAAUGAAGGAACAAUUGAGUAUGCAAUUCAAAGAUCUGUUGAUUUAAACGUAGAUGUUAAUGGUGGGAGGUUAUUCUUUGGGCAAUUGUAUGGUAUGUGUGACCACGUGUCGUAUAGUUUAGGUAAUGCAAGUUAUCCUAUUUAUAAAUCUUUACCAUAUGGAGAAAUUGAUCAAACCUUACCAUAUCUGAUUCGUCGAGCGCAAGAAAAUCGUUCAAUUGUACCUGGAGCCAGACGAGAAAGAGAACUACUUAAAUUAAACUUGAUUGAACGCUGCCGCCUUUACAAAAAAUGA